AUGUUCGACGACUACACCUCGCCCGACAAGGACGGCAACCUUUUGUCUGUCAUUCUGGGCGUUGUUGUCACGUUGUCAACGCUGUUCACUGCGCUGCUGUUGACGCUGCCCAGUCAGUAUGAUCCGUACAAGGAUAAGCCGCUUCGGUUUGUGGGCGAGGAUGGAAAGGAGAUCAAAAUGAAGAUGAAAGAUGGGAAAGAGCCGAUGCAGUGGAAGCAGGGCCGCUCGGUACAGGUGGUGGUAUUGGGAGACAUCGGACGGUCGCCACGCAUGCAAUACCACGCUCUCAGCAUCGCCAAACAUGGUGGGAAAGUGUUUCUCAUCGGCUAUCAAGAGUCCGACAUUCUUCCUGAGAUCGUCUCAAAUCCUCUAAUUGAGAUCAUUCCACUGUCACCAGCGCCAAGCCUUCUGCGUUCGAGCAGCAAACUUCUCUUUCCAAUUCUGGCACCUCUCAAAGUCCUUUGGCAGAUAUGGUCGUUGUAUCGCGCGCUUAGUUACCGCUCUAAGCCCGCAAGAUGGACACUCGUGCAAAACCCACCUUCGAUACCAACUCUUGCUGUAGCAAGCCUGGUAUGCUUCUUGCGACGUACUCAUCUAGUCAUCGACUGGCAUAACUUCGGGUACACCAUUCUGGCUAUGAAACUUGGCGACAACCACCCUCUUGUGAAGAUCUCUGAGAAGUACGAGAAGAUCUUUGCAAAGGCGGCAUCGCAUCAUUUCACGGUGACUAACGCGAUGGCCCGCGUGCUCAAAAACGACUACGGCGUCACAGCAGAAGCACUGCACGAUCGCCCAGCAUCUAUCUUCCAGCCGAUUGAACAACGAGAUCGGGAGAAGUUUCUCGCACGACUACCGGAAACAGCAGAGUACGCCUCAGAUCUUUCUGCGACUUCGAAGACGCCAUGGAAACUCAUUGUCAGCGCCACGUCCUGGACUGCCGACGAGGACUUCUCGCUUCUCCUCGACGCUCUCGUAGCUUAUUCUGCAGAGUGUACAUCUAAGACCUAUCUGCCAAAGAUUCUUGCUAUUAUCACUGGAAAAGGCCCUCAGAAGGAGUAUUACCUUUCGAAGAUCAGGGAGCUCAAUCAGCAGAAGAAGCUCUUGAACGUCGUUAUCAAAACAGCAUGGCUCACACAUUCCGAUUACGCGCUUCUACUCGCGUCCGCUGAUCUAGGAGUCUCUCUGCACACAUCAUCUUCCGGUGUCGACCUGCCAAUGAAAGUGGUCGACAUGUUUGGUGCAGGCCUACCAGUUGUGGGCUGGGGAAAGUUCGAAGCCUGGCCUGAGCUCGUCAAGCAGGGUGUAAAUGGACUUGGCUUCCAAAGCUCUGAAGAGCUCGCCUUACAUCUGGCUACUUUCUUCGGCAACGAUACAAGGCUGAGAGAGACGCUGAAGGAGGGCGCACUCAAGGAGAGCGAACAUCGGUGGGAUGAAGAAUGGAAUGGUGUAGGCGGGAAGCUGUUCAAGCUCACAUAA